GCGAGAAGCUGCUUCUAAGUUUUGAAUGUUGAAACCGGGCUUUUGAUUCACUCGGCGACCACAGGGAAGCCAGGCAGCAGUUAUCGUUAGUAGUUAGCCGAGGGCUUAUCAGCCAGUGUUAGUUAUACACUUAGUCUCUAAAUUAAGCGCCAGGGCUUAGUAAUAAAUAUAAGAACAAUGGCUGAACCACUGAAGACCUUCUUUGAAAACAAGCCGAUAGAGAAGACGAAGAAAGAUCCGAAGCGGCUGUCGGUGGAGAGGAUCUACCAAAAGAAGACGCAGCUGGAGCACAUUUUGCUUCGACCGGACUCCUACAUAGGCUCUGUAGAGACUGUCACCCAGCAAAUGUGGGUGUAUGAUGAGGACGUUGGGCUGAACUGCCGCGAUGUGACAUUUGUGCCAGGGCUUUACAAGAUUUUUGAUGAAAUCCUUGUAAAUGCAGCUGACAAUAAGCAGAGGGAUAAGAACAUGAACUGCAUCAAAAUCAGCAUUGAUGUUGAAAACAACACCAUCAGUGUAUGGAAUAACGGGAAGGGUAUUCCUGUGGUGGAGCACAAGGUGGAGAAGGUCUAUGUGCCUGCUCUCAUCUUUGGACAGCUCCUCACCUCCAGUAACUACGAUGACGAUGAGAAGAAAGUGACCGGUGGACGCAAUGGAUAUGGUGCUAAGCUUUGCAACAUCUUUAGCACAAAGUUCACCGUAGAGACUGCCUGUAAAGUCUCAAAGAAGACCUUCAAGCAGACUUGGUACGACAACAUGGGCAGGACAGGGGAUGCUACCAUCAAAUCUUUUGACGGAGAGGAAUACACUUGCAUCACCUUCAGGCCAGAUCUGCCCAAGUUUAAAAUGAGCACCCUCGACAAAGAUACAGUGGCGCUGAUGACCAGGAGGGCCUAUGACAUCGCUGGGGCGUCCAAAGGUGUCCGUGUGUUCUUCAACGGCAAGAGGCUGCCGGUUUCAGGUUUCCGUAGCUACGUGGACAUGUACUUGAAGGACAAGGUGGACGAGGUCGGCAGUGCACUGACUGUGGUCCAUGAGAUCGUCAACGAGCGCUGGGAGGUCUGCCUCACCAUGAGCGAGAAGGGUUUCCAGCAAGUCAGCUUUGUCAACAGUAUUGCUACAACCAAGGGAGGGAGGCACGUGGACUAUGUGGCUGACCAGGUCGUUGCCAAGCUGAUCGAAGUGGUGAAGAAGAAGAACAAAGCUGGAGUGGCCGUCAAGCCUUUCCAGGUGAAAAACCACAUGUGGCUGUUUGUCAACUGCCUGAUUGAGAACCCCACCUUUGACUCUCAGACCAAAGAGAACAUGACGCUGCAGCACAAGAGUUUUGGGUCUACUUGUCCCCUCGGAGACAAGUUCAUUAAACAGGCCACAUCCUGUGGGAUUGUGGAAAGUAUCAUGAACUGGGUGAAGUUCAAGGCUCAGACCCAGCUGAACAAGAAAUGCUCGGCUGUCAAACACACAAAAAUCAAGGGGGUGCCCAAACUGGACGAUGCCAACGAUGCAGGUGGGAAGAACUCCAUCGCCUGCACACUGAUUCUCACUGAGGGAGACUCAGCCAAGACACUUGCUGUGUCUGGGCUGGGUGUGGUCGGCAGGGACCGCUACGGAGUGUUCCCCCUCAGAGGAAAAAUGCUCAACGUGCGGGAGGCCUCACUCAAACAGAUUAUGGAGAAUGCUGAAAUCAACAACAUCAUUAAGAUCCUCGGCCUUCAGUACAAGAAGAACUACAGCGACCCAGAAUCCCUCAAGAGUCUGCGUUACGGCAAGAUCAUGAUCAUGACAGAUCAGGAUCAAGAUGGCUCCCACAUUAAGGGCCUGCUGAUCAACUUCAUCCACCAUAACUGGCCAUCGUUGCUGCGCCACAACUUCCUGGAAGAGUUCAUUACCCCCAUCAUCAAGGCAUCUUGCAAGAAAACUGUGCUGUCCUUCUACAGCAUCCCUGAAUUCAAUGCUUGGAAGGACAGCCUGCCCAACACCAAAUCUUGGAAAAUAAAAUACUACAAAGGUUUGGGAACUAGCACGUCGCAGGAAGCCAAGGAGUACUUCUCUGAUAUGCAGAGACACCGUAUUCCAUUCAAAUACGCUGGCCCUGAAGACGAUGAAGCUAUUACCCUUGCCUUUAGCAAGAAGAAAGUGGAUGAGCGGAAAGAGUGGCUGACCAACUUCAUGGUCAACAGGCGCCAGCGCAGGGAGCACAACCUGCCUGAGGACUACCUGUAUGGUCAGACCACCAAGUCCCUCUCCUACAACGACUUUGUCAACAAGGAGCUGGUACUUUUCUCCAACUCUGACAAUGAGAGGUCCAUCCCCUGCCUGGUGGACGGACUGAAACCAGGCCAGAGGAAAGUGCUGUACUGUUGCUUCAAGAGGAAUGACAAGCGGGAGGUGAAGGUGGCCCAGUUGGCUGGUUCAGUGGCUGAGAUGUCAGCCUACCACCAUGGAGAGGUCUCUCUGAUGAUGACCAUCGUUGGUUUGGCCCAGAACUUUGUGGGAAGCAACAACCUGAACCUGUUGCAACCUCUGGGUCAGUUUGGAACCAGGUUGCAUGGUGGCAAAGACUCUGCCAGUCCUCGAUACAUCUUCACUAUGCUCAGCCCACUUGCCCGCCUUGUUUUCCCAGCAGUGGAUGACAACCUGCUCAAGUACAACUAUGAUGACAACCAGCGCGUAGAGCCAGAGUGGUACAUGCCCAUCAUCCCCACUGUGCUGGUGAACGGCGCCGAGGGCAUCGGCACAGGCUGGGCCAGCAAGCUCCCCAACUACGACAUCCGAGAGAUCAUCAACAACAUCCACCGCAUGCUCAAUGGCGACGAGCCUCUGCCCAUGCUUCCAAACUACAAAGGCUUCAGAGGCACGAUUGAGAAGGUGAUGGAAAACCAGUUCAUGAACAGCGGAGAGGUGGCCAUUAUUGAUUCCACCACCAUUGAGAUCUCUGAAUUGCCUGUCAAAUCCUGGACCCAGACCUACAAGGAAAACGUCCUGGAGCCAAUGUUGAACGGCACAGAGAAGGUCCCUGCUCUGAUCACCGACUUCAAGGAAUACCACACAGACACCACCGUGCGUUUUGUGGUCAAGAUGACAGAAGAGAAGCUGCGGGAGGCGGAGGCUGCCAACCUCCACAAGGUCUUCAAGCUACAGAGCCCCCUCACCUGCAACUCUAUGGUUCUGUUCGACCAUGUGGGCAGUCUGAAGAAGUACGAGUCCGUGCAGGAUAUUCUCAAGGACUUCUUCGAGUUGAGAAUGAAGUACUACGUGCUGAGAAAGGACUGGUUGACCGGCAUGCUCGGGGCAGAGAGCGCUAAACUGACCAACCAGGCCCGCUUCAUCCUGGAGAAAAUCCAGGGCACCUUGGUUAUUGAGAACAAGCCAAAGAAGGAACUGAUUCGCAUGCUGCAGCAGAUGGGCUACGACUCUGACCCAGUCAAGGCUUGGAAAGAGGCUCAAGAGAAGAAUGAGGAGGAGAUGGAGCAGGAAGAUGAGGAGGAAGCAGAGAAAGAAGACACCAGCGGGCCAGACUACAACUACCUGCUGAGCAUGCCCAUGUGGUUCUUGACCAAAGAGAAGAAAGAUGAGUUGUGCAAACAGAGGGAUGCAAAGGUUACAGAGCUGAACACCCUGAAAAAGAAGAGUCCAGCAGACAUGUGGAAGGAAGACCUGGCUGUUUUCUCUGAGGAACUGGAGAAAUGGGAGGCAAAAGAAAAGGAGAAUGCCGCCAUGCCUGUUGUUAAAAAGGGUGCUGGUAAAGGCAAAGCGGUGAAGGUGAAGCAGGAGACUAUGCCAACGCCGCAGGGUCGCCGCGUCAUCCCGCGCGUUACCAGCACCAUGAAAGCUGAAGCCAACAGGAAGGCUGAUAUCAAGAAAGGAGAGGGCAAGAGGGGCAAAAAAGUCAAGAGCGAAGAUGUGGUGAUGAAGAUGGAGUUUGGAGAAGACGCAGAGAACGCAGAGCCAAGCGAGGAGGUUGGCUUGGCCGCACGACUGACCAAGAAAACUAAAACCCAGGCAAAGGAAAAAGCAGUGGCAUCAAAGACCGGCAAGCAGAGCACGCUUCAGUUCAAGCCCGUUUCCAAGAAGCCCAAGAAGAACCCGUGGUCGGACGAAGAGUCUGACAAUCAGUCUGGCGACAGUGACAUGGAGGUGGAGGAAGUGGUUGUCCCCAGGGAGCGGGUUGAACGCAAAACUAAAGCUGCGGUGAAGUACAGUAUGUCCGACAGUGAAGAUGAAUUUGAUGACUGGGGGAAGAAGGAAGCUCCAGCACGGAAAGCUGUUGUCAGUGAUGAUGAUGAUACCAGCUUCGCCCCAGAGCCCAGCUCCGUACCUGAGAGCGAUGUGGACUCUCCAGCCCCGCCUCCUAAAGCUCCGGUGCCCACGAAGAAAGUGGCAAAGAGCAAAUCCACAGUGAAACGAGCUGAAAGCAAGUCGAGCUCUCCCUCUGAUGAUCAGGUGCCUGCAGCCAAGGCACCAGUUCAACGUAAAACCAAAGAGGCCGCGCCUAAGAAAGCUCCUGCUGCCAGGAAACCAGCUGCAUCCAAGAAGAAGGCUGCAGAUGUGAAGCAGCCGUCCAUCAUGGAUGUUUUUUCGAAGCCCAAAGCAACAUCCAGCAAGCCUGCCAAGCCUGCCAAGACGGUCCCUACAUUUGACACCAGCGACUCUGAGGGCGAAGCUAAAGCUCCGGUCACAAAGGCGAAGCCCGUUCUAAAACGGAAACAGGCUGACAGCGACAACUCUGACAGCGACUCAGACAACCUCAUGUCACGUCUGAAGGCCAAGACAACUGCCGGCAGCAAGAAAACCAAGAAGUGGCUCGAUGACGACAGCUUCCAGGUCUCAGAUCAGGAGGAAGCAUCUUCUGUGGCGGUGGCGCCACGGGACAAGCCCUCACGUGCCCGGAAACCUGUAACCUACAACUUGGACUCAGACUCGGAUGAAGACUUUUAAAUAUUAGUCCCUAAACCAGUGUCUACAUGGUCGAGUUUUUAUAGAUUUUGUAUUAAAGAUUGAUUCUUUAGUAAGUUAUACGUAAAGUUUCUGCCAUGUGCUGACAUAUGGCUUUGCUUUUAUCACUUGAAGUACUGUUGCAUUUAUACUUGUUGCUUGAAUGGACCUGCAGUUUUUACAAAGCUGAUUGAUUGAUUGUAGAAAAAAUAGAAGUAAAAAAAGAAUGUGUUUCUAUGUGUCAGGUGCUUGAACCCUGUUAGACUUGAGUAUCUCUGCUUUUAGUGUCUGAAAUACUAAAACUAAUGGCUACUUGACAUUUCUUUGUAAUCCACUUUUGUAUGCAUGUUUGUUUAUGUCCUGUCUUGUAAAUAUUUCAAUGGCUGUUCAGUGUAUAUCACAAAAAAAUAAAGUUAACCUGUUUGUACCGAU